AUGUACAGAAAAGAUGUGCAUGACGAUGCGACGGCGACGCGAUCUUCGCGGCCCAUCGUCGUGGUAACAAUCAACGCCGAUGAGAGCGAACAAGAGGAUAUUGAUGGCGAAGACACUAUUCUCUUCGGCAGUGACGUGGUCGACGCCACAAGGAGCGACGGCGACGCUCGUCAGAGUCAGCUCGACGCUCCGCCGCCGCCUCACCCCCCACUUGUGGCGUCGACGGCCGUAGCAGUGGAGCAGCAUCUCGUCAUGUCACCAGAGGUCUUGCCCACUCAUCCCCUUCGCCUCCUCCUCCACGGUGGCGCUAGCGGUCGUGGCAGCAGCACCGCCACCCUCGAUCUCCGCGGCUGCACGACACCGCCGCCGCCGCUGCUGCAGCCGACCGUGCGCGGCACCGGCAAACGGACAUCUUACGGGAACAACAACGACGCCGACAGUCGGAGCCGCCAAAGCGCUGAACGCAGCCCAGAGGCCCUCAUGGCGGACAGCGAGAGCAAGCCCAUCAGCCACCGGUGGCAGCGGCAGUUGUUAGCCGGCGGCACCCCCGCUACGCAGCGUCUGCGCGAAAAGGAUGCGUUGCAGGAUGGCGGCCACAGACAAGCCGGCAGCCCUCCCGCGCAUGCAGCGGAGACCGUCAAGCAGCUGUUCACGGAACCUGCGCGCUCCAUCUCAGUCACCUCAACGCCCGCAGACGACUCGCCGAAUGGCACACUCAUCAUGAGCCACGGCAGCGAGGAAGACGGCGUCGAGGAAGCAGACGCUCCGGGACUUCACCGACGACAGCGGCAGCACCACCAACACCUGCCACCUCCCCUGGACGUCAGCAGCAUCGCCACCCACAGUGACAGCGAGAGCCGAUGGAGCGUGGGGAGGGCGACCGAGGGGCCGCCGCUGCCGCCAGGCUCUGCCACAGCUGUCACGCCGCCUCCGCUGCCCUCGUUGGUGCCGCGUGCCAGCAGCGCCGGCGGUGUGCAACUUUUUCAUCGACAUCACCGCCACAACAGCGGCGGCUUCACAGAUGGCAUUUGCCGCGGCGCAUCAACGCGGCUGUUGUCGGCUCAACUGUCGGCACUCAAGGACGAUGAGGCUUCGCCGUCGCUGCAGCGCAAGGCCGUGGCGUCUGCCGCCCAGUCGCUCCCCGCUCCCGCAGGUCACCUACGUAUGGGCGGCAACACUAGCCGCCAGAGCUCUCCCUCUUCGUCGUACGUGUGGCUGAAGCGGACGGCGGGUGGGGAUGCGGUGGAGGCGAGCCACCCCGCGGCGCCGACAUCCUCCGCGACCUCGACACUCUUCCCUGCUCACGCGCCCUUCCAGCAGCAGCAGCAGCAGCAGUGGUCGUCGUACGCCUGCCCUCACCUGAGCUUCACCUCCCCAUCCUCAUCGCAGCUCUCACGGCUCGUGGAUAUGGAUGUGAUGACGGAGUCCGACGCCGACGCCGAAGGCGGUCACGCCGCAACGACAACGACCCCGCAGCAGCUGCGGCUGCGAGAGCCGCCUGUGUGGCGUUCCCCGCAGAUUACGCAGCUGCCCAAAUCGUUGAGCGUCUCGCCGGUGUCUCUGCGCGGUGACGGCCGCAAAGGCGGCGUGAAAGGCGACGCCGCUUCGUCCCUGCCCCAAUCCCUGUCACAGACGCAGCCCGCCGCGCACUCUGCGUCUGCAGCCUCCAGCUCCACGGGAGAAGCAACACAGACGCUCGUUCAGGCCUCAGCGAACGCGGCUGGUGGCUCACAGGCCCCACUGCGCGUUGUGCCGAGUGGGUCGACUGCGGCACCGGCUGCCAGUCGACCGUCGACGCAACUCAUCACGAAGGCAGCGGCAACGCGGCCCAUAGCUUCUCCUGGCACCAUGUGGAUCUGCUUGGAUGACGACGAUUACGCCGGUGAUGACAGCCACAGCGAAGGCGAGGGCGGUGUCGGGGAGGCCAAGAUGGCGGCGCCACUCCACAACGGCAGCGAUGCUCCCCUCGUCUCCGUGAAGAUGGAAAUCGACGCGGAGACGGGCGCAGUGUACACGCCGCCUGAACGCACAGCAGCUGCCGCCGCAUCGCCCUCGCCGUCGGGGUCGCCACACAAGGGGGGCGUGGCAGUGGGUGGAGAAGAACAGCCAGAGGCCCCUGGGCGACUGAGAAGCCGACGCCCCAGCCCGAGCAAGGCAGACAGCGUCGGCGCUGGCGUUCGCGCGGACCACUCAAACAUUCCCGUCCUGUCGCCAGUACAGGCUCGCCGCCGGCCACCAGCGGAGAAGAGCCAUCCCAUUGCCGAGAUCUUGUCCCCCACCUUCCGCCCGCGUCGACGUCCACCAGACACGUCUGCCGAUCCUUCGCACUCGCUCAGCGCUGGCAGCGCCACCCUCCAGCGGCUCUCAAGCUGGCCAGCGUCUCACUGCUACAUCAACCUGGACGACGACACAGAGGACGAGGACGCCGAAGAAGCACCACCGCGCCAGCGCGCUCGAAACGCGCACGCGCUCGACGGGGUGGUGUACUCAGCGCAGCCCAUGUCUUCAGCGUCGGUUGCAGACGCCUUACCUGCGCCACUUCGCGCAUCGCCAGUCACCGGCGUAGACGCGCGCUCUCAGCUAUCGCUGCCGUUGAUUAUCGACGAUGACGACGACGAGGGCGCGCCGGAAGGCGGCGGUGAGACGCACACGAAGGAGUCUGGCGAUCAGGAGGUGAGGCGCGAAGGGCUAUCGCCGAAGCCGCCAAAGCCGAAGAGAGGCACCCGUGUGGAAGGGGCGAACGAAGUCGUUGCCCACGAGGAGGAUGACGACGACAUGCUCAAGAGUCCGCAAAAACCACACGUGAAGGACUUCAUCUUCCCAAACCGCUUGGAUCCAGAGCUGCGCCCCUCCAGCCCCCUCUACCGGAGCAUCCACGCAUACCAGCAGCAGUAUCAGCAGCAGCAGCUGGCGCAGGGGAAGGAGGAAGAGGUGCACGCAGCAGGGCACGCUGCCGCCGCUGCCUCACCGCUGCAGGAGGGCGUUAAUGCAGACUGCCGCCAUCUACCGCAGAGUGCCGCAAUCCCUGUGGUGAUCGGCGAGACAAAGGGCGCCUCACCCGACGACGUCGCAGCGGCCGGCCAGGCCGGCCAAAAACGCAGUCGCGCGAAGGACGCGAAGACCGGGGCCGCCGCCCCGGUGCUGCCGGACUGGGGCCGGCCAGCCGACACGCUUUUGCGCGACUUCUUCCCAACGAAGUUCACGAAGAAGAGUUUUAUGGAGGCGGCGAAGAAUGUGAUGUCUCCGAUGCACUUCCUCGAAGCCGGUGACUUCUGGGCCGCCUUCGCUUCGGCGGAGUUCGUUGGGGAGGGAAGCUUCGGACUUGUGUGGCGUUGCCUCACGGUGGACGGUGACCUUGUCGCGGUGAAGUCUUGCCCCGUCAUCCUGCGCACCAAGGCCAACAUCGAAGACUCCUUCUCCACGAUCCGCGAGAUCGCCACAAUGCGCUUCCUGAACGAGAUGCAGGUGCCCUACGUCCUUCCGCUGCACAGUGCCUUCUUUGUGCAUGCGCAGGAGGCGCUGCCGCCGCUGGCGCAGGAGGCGCUGGAGUGGCGCCAGCGGCUGCGCAAGCGAGCCGAAGAGGCGGCGCUGGAGGUGGAAGUACGGUUGCUCGCCCGUGGCGGAAACCGCCGCGCCUCGCACACGGGGGCGGAAGAGGAUGUCGAGGACGCGCCGCUGACGCUGGAGCAGCAAGUCGCCGUGCAGAUGGAGCGACUGACCGCUGCGGAGGGACCAGAGGAACAGGCCACGCGUGCACGGCUGCAGUCGGUCCGUCUGCCACGCUUUCUCUCCAUAACCCACGACGACUUGACCCAGAGCGACGCAACGGUGUUUCUCGUGAUGGAGCUGUGCGAUGGUGACGUGGAGGGCAUCUCCCGCAGCGACGGCGUUGCGAAGGGCAUGGUGUACUGCGUGAGCUCGGCGCUCGCAGCGAUGCACGAGCUGGGGCUGCUCCACCUCGACCUCAAGCCCAGCAACAUUCUCUUCGCCUACGAGCACGGGCCUUCGCAGCAGCGACUGCAGCGCUUCAGCGCAUCGGGCCCCGCGACGGAUGCGGUCAAGUUUUACCUUUCCGACUUUGGCAACUGCCGCCUUGUCGGCCCGGACCCCAUGGACGAAGUGCAGGAUUCGUACGGCACCUUCGAAUACAUGGACUUGCGCGCGCUGCGUGACGCCGUGUGUGGACGUCCGACCGACGCCUUCAGCCUCGGUGCCACGCUGUACGAGCUGCUCUACGGAAGGCGGCUGUACCCAAAGUGCGUGGACCCACGCUGCGGCGGCGAAGAGGACCACUCACGCGAGUGCUUCGUGGAGGCGGCGAGUCAGCCUGUUGUGUUGCCCACGGUCGGGCCUCCCACGACAGCAGCGAUGGUGACGCUGGUAACAACGAUCGGUCUCGACGCCGCUGCCGCCGGACACGCGCGCGGCCCUCAUGCAAACGGUGGCACCGGUAGCACCAGCGGCCUCAUCUGCAGCGGGCCCGCUCUAACACCUCUGCAGUACCUCACACUGGCGCUACUGCGGAAGCCCUGGGCAGAGCGCAUGACAGCGGAGGAGUGCCGCCGCUACCUUGUGCGGACAUUCCACAUCACCCAAACCGAAGACUCGAGUCCUUGA